AUGGCAAAUCCCGUUAACGACAACCGGGACCCCCCUCCCUACGAGGCGAUCUCCCCCGCCAGCCCCGAAACAGAGGACUUGUCUCCUUCAGACGUCCCGCCGUAUCCUGCCGCGCCUCUUCCAGAAGUCACUACUACCAAUGACGGACGUGUAGACGUCCGAGUUGGACAAAGGUUCAGCCGGAACGUGGAAUGGUUGAUGCGCCGCAGCAGCACCAGACAACCCACAGACGAACAUGAAACCUCUAGGCCACGACCACACCCAACAUGGAGCAUCAAACUCAACAUCGUCAUCCAAGUCGUCGGCAGCCGCGGUGACGUCCAACCAUUCAUCGCCCUUGGCACAGAACUCCAAAAACACGGCCACCGCGUCCGACUAGCCACACACGCCACUUUCGAACACUUCGUCACAACCACCGGUCUCGAAUUCUACCCACUCGACGGGGACCCCGCCGAACUAAUGUCCUACAUGGUUCGUAACCCAGGUCUAAUCCCCAGCAUGAAAAGCGUGCGGGCAGGCGACAUCCAAAAGAAACGUGCCAUAAUCGCACAGAUCCUCGAUGGCUGCUGGCAGUCAUGCAUACAACCGGAUCCGCAUUCUGGGAAACCGUUUGUGGCAGAUGCAAUUAUCGCGAAUCCGCCUAGUUUCGCGCAUGUGCAUUGUGCGCAGGCGUUGGGUGUUCCUGUGCAUCUUAUGUUUACUAUGCCGUGGACGAGUACAAGGGAGUUUCCGCAUCCGUUGGCGAAUUUGAGUUAUUCGGGGAGUGAUCCGAGUUUGGGGAAUUUGGUUUCGUAUCAUUUUGUUGAGUGGAUGACUUGGCAGGGUCUAGCGGAUCUGAUUAAUGGCUGGCGUAAAGAUGUCCUUGAGUUGGAACCUGUGCCCGCUACUGAAGGGCCGAACCUUGCGGAAACGCUGCAAGUACCGUUUACAUAUUGCUGGUCUCCAGCGUUGGUUGCAAAACCGCCCGAUUGGGGAUCUCAUAUAGAUGUCUGUGGAUUCUUCUUCAGAGAUCCACCAGCCUACCAUCCACCAGGAGACCUCGUCGAAUUCCUUAAUGCUGGUGAUACACCAAUUUACAUCGGUUUUGGAAGCAUCAUCGUCGAAGAUCCAGAGAAGAUGCUGUCCAUUCUACUACAAGCCGUCGAAAUCACCGGUGUGCGAGCCAUCAUCUCCCGUGGAUGGUCUAACUUCGAAGCGCCCGGGAAUUCGAAUGUUUACUUCCUCGGAGACUGUCCUCACGAGUGGCUUUUCCAGCAUGUGGCUGCUGUAGUGCAUCAUGGCGGCGCUGGCACGACCGCUUGUGGGUUGCGGUACGGGAAGCCAACCACAAUUGUUCCGUUUUUUGGAGAUCAAGCAUUCUGGGGAAGCAUCGUUGCUUCCGCAGGCGUAGGCCCGAGUCCUAUUCCACAAAAGUCUCUCACGGCAGAGAACCUGGCGGAUGCAAUCAAGUUCUGUUUGGCCCCCUCUGCUUCCACUACAGCCCGGGCUCUGGCUAGAAAAAUGAAUAGUGAAUCUGGAGUCCGGGCUGCAGUCGAUUCAUUCCAUGCUCAUCUCCCACGAAAGGAGAUGCUGUGCGAUAUCCUUCCAGAUGAACCUGCUGCCUGGAGGAUCAAACGGGGGAAAACAACAGUGCGAUUAUCAAAACUGGCAGCUUGUGCUUUAGUACGUGAAAGACGUCUUCAGAGAAAGCAUUUGAAACGCCUCGAAACAAAGCCCAUCGUAAUCGACAUCCGACGGUGGGACCCUCUCACAGCCAUCUCAUCAGCCUCAUUAUCAACAAUGAGCGGCAUGGCAGAUGCCACAGCAGGCAUAAUCCUCGACCCAUACCGCGAAUACAAACGCCAUAGAUCAACAUCAAACCCAGAAGACACACCCACCACAGACCCCCAAACUAGCAACCCAAACCACGCCCGCCAAAUGCUCCUCCUCUCUCUCACCAGCCUAGGCAAAUUCCUCGGCCGCGCCUCCCGCGGCGCCCUCCUCGACCUUCCCCUCGCCGCAACAGAAGGCAUGCGCUCUCUCCCGCGCCUCUACGGCGACCCCGUACGCAACCACACUCCGAUAACAUCCCUGGAAACUGGCGCUCUAGUCGCCUGGUCCACCUUCAUGCACGGCGUCUACGAAGGCGUAACAGAUAUCUUCGUGCAUACGUACCGUUCGAAGAAAGAGCAGGGUGCGCUGGGCGUUGCGAAGGGUUUGACGAAGGGGCUUGUUAGUUUGACGGUUAAGACGGGGAGUGCGACGAUGGGGUUGGUUGCGUAUCCGAGUCAGGGGGCUUAUCGGGGAUUGAGGAGGGGUUUUAGGAAGGGGGUUGGGGAGAGGGUUGAGGAGGGUAGGUGGGUGGAGGGGGAGGAGAUAAUGGGGAGGGAAGUUUGCGAUAGAGAGAGGGUUUGUGAGGUUUUUGAGGAGGUUGUGUGUUCGAGGGAGAUAUAGCGUAUGGUCAUCCAUGUCAUUGCAUAUUGUAGUAUAGCAUUUAUUUAUUUCAUCCUAGAUAUAUAUGUGGAUAGCAACCGCACUAUAUAUAAGACCAG